AUGGGUUGGAUAUAGGUGACAGGCAUAUAAAGCAGCUCAUCAAAAGGAGCGCCAGCUGCAAAGGGAAAGCAUCAUCAUGGCAAGCCUGCAAGAUCUACUGGACCACCAUCAAAUUACCACCGCAAUCCACCGCUAUGCCCAUGGUUUGGAUGCAAAUGACAGUGCCUCCCUCUCCUCUGCAUUCACCGAAGACGCAACACUCGAUUUUACACCAGCCGCCACAAGAAUUGGCAUUUCUUUCCCGGUCAUGCCUGGACUCCCCACCAUUCUAGCAGUCAUGCUUCCGACGAUUGGUCCAUUGGACACCUCCCACACGAUAACAAACAUUCAGACUGAUCUGCAUGGGGAUGAAGGGAAACUGACGUGCCUCAUCGAGUCGGAGCAUUACCCUGGCGGUGAAGGGCCUAAAGCAGAGUCUGUAAAGCAUAUUACCUUGAUGAACAGAUACGAGGCGACAGUUGUUAGAGUUGGAAAUGAGUGGAAAAUGAAAAAUGUUCUUGUGUAUAACCUAUGGGCGGUCGGGGACACUAGCAAUUCGUUGGCCAAUCCCAAGGACCAUGUAGCGGCUAUCCACAAGUUGACAAUCAACCUUCUUCCUAAGCUCUCGUCGUUCCGUACCACAAUCUUGCGACAACGCGAGACUAAGCAGCGGGGCUACAAGCUGACCAUCCUCCGUCUCCUCCAUACUCUUCGCUUCCUCAUCGCUUCAUCCCAUGGCUCGCUUGAACGAAACCUCCUAAUGGCCAACAUUAGCUGCCACUUUGGUGAAAAUGUUGCCAUCAUGAUCAACUGCCAAAAACCUACCGAUUACCAUCUCGAAAUGCCUCGACGAAUGUCCCCGUCUGCAAGCGCUGCCAACUUUGGCAGCUCAGUUAACCCUCACAUAUCAUUCAUGACCGCAAAGGGACAUCCGACAGGACUCGUGACAAGCCAUGUCGAUGCAGUCUUCAAAGAAACGAUACGGAAAUUUGACAGAUGUACCAGACCACAAGAAAGGUUUAUUAUUACACCUGGACUUGUUAAAAACAUCGUCCUGACGGAAAACCCGCAAAACUCGCAUGUUCAGGAACGGCAGAGAGAGGCGGUCGACGCUGAAUGCAAUCGAUAUGUACAACGCUGCAAUCGACCGCCUCCAGCAAAGUACGCAUCUCCAAUCACCUCUGCUCAGGAAUAUGGAUGGCAUUCUUCACCAUUGCUCAAAGAAAACUGUCCAUUCGCCCAUCAUCCACGAAGAAAGACACAAGUUACACAGCUUUAUGGGCAAGCGUACACGCGAACAUUGAGAGGAGCAUCAACAUUUGUAACCAGGACGGCUAGAUGACGCAGACAGAUGGGAUGUGUGGAUAGAUGGAGACGGCUAGUAAUGCUGAGCAGGGCACGCAGUUUAAUCAUGUCAAUACACUAGAACAAAUAGAAGGUCAACGUAAUCUUGUCUAUUGAGACACUG